GGUGUUUGCUGCUCUGCUGUGGAGAUCAAGAUGGGACGCUUUUAUGCUCGGGUUGUGAUUAUGCUGGUGAUGGUAGCACUGCCUGUAGUGGUACGGUGUUGCCCACGGCCAUGUGUCUGCCACCAGCCCACAGAGGUUCACUGCACAUUCCGCUCCUUACUUAAGUUGCCUGCUGGCGUGCCCAAACAGGUGGAGCGGAUGAAUUUGGGGUUUAAUACUAUACAUAGAAUAAAUUACAGCUCUUUCGCUGGGUUACGAAAACUGGAGCUUCUGUUAAUGCAUGGCAAUGAUGUGCAUCAUAUUCCUGAUGGAACAUUCCGUGACCUCAUAUCCCUGCAGAUGCUGAAACUAAGCUAUAAUAAACUGAAGGUAAUUAGUAGACAGUCCCUUAUGGGUCUCUGGAGUCUCACUAGGUUGCACCUGGAUCACAACAGACUUGAGUUCAUCCAUGCUGAUGUAUUCCAAGGCCUCACUUCUCUUCGCUUUCUCCAACUGGAAGGCAAUCAACUUCAGCAGCUCCACCCAGCCACCUUUUCCACUUUCUCUAUUCUUGGACACUUCCCAGUUUCCAGCCUGAAGCACCUGUACCUAUCUGAUAAUUUACUGAGCACUUUGUCACAGAAGAUGCUAGCAGGCAUGCCCUACCUGGAGAAUCUUUCCCUGCAUGGGAACCCCUGGACCUGUGACUGUCACAUGAGGUGGUUCAAAGAGUGGAAUAAAAAUUCACCAGGUGUGCUGAAAUGUAAGAAAGACAAAGGCUAUCCAGAUGGCCAGCUAUGCGCUAUGUGUUUCUCUCCAAAACAAGUAAAGAAGAAACAACUCCAGGAGUUGGAGAAACCCACUUGCAAUAGUCCCAUCAUCAGCACGGCUCACAGAGCCAUUUCCCAAGAGGACACAGGAAGUGACCUCUUGAUGGCUGAUGAAUUUCGUCAACAUCUUGGAAACAUUUCCCUGGGUCUGUCAGAUGAACACGGACAUCAAGUAGACCUGGAAUGUCUUGUCACUGAGCCAAGAGAGCUGUCUAGCAUAGGCUGGGACUAUGUUAACCAGUAUCAAAUAUUAGCAAACGUGACUCUGACAUUAGAUUUAAAGUGUGCAAUUGACAGGUCCAGUUAUGAGAAGUUGUGGAGAUUGAUUGCAUAUUACAGUGAUGUUCCAGUUCACCUUCGCAGGGAAAUUAUGUUGAGUAAGGAACCUUACACAAGCUUCAGGUAUCGGCAAGAUGUUGAAAGGGAUGCUCUUCACUAUACAGGAGUAAAAGCUAGCAUAGCCGCUUACCCACCCUGGAUACUGCAGUCAUCAAUGGACCUUCAGCUAAACAGAAUUAAGUCUACAAGUAAAAGUGUUCGACUAAUUCUCAACAUGUAUAUGACUGAAGUUAUGGAAAAGGAAUCUAUAAGACAGCAGAGUAGGGGCUGGGCUGUAAUUGAGUCCAAGAAUGACACUAGAACAAUGCAGGUUGCUGUCGUGGGAAGUCCUGCUGAGAUAAACUGUUCCAUGCAUAGCUCAGGGAACGAGUCAGUUAAAUGGAUGCUACCUGAUGGCUCUACUUUAAAAACACCUUUUAGAAGUGAUGACAACAGGCUUUCAGCAUCAAGUGCUGGUCUUCUUGAAAUUAAAUCUGUGGCUCAUUCUGAUUCAGGAGUAUACUACUGUAUUGCACAGGCUUCAGAUGACCUUACUAUUCUUCCUUUUCGCCUAUCAGUGGAGGAGUCCUCCAGUCCACCUCCUGGAGGUGAAGGAGUAACUGAACCAGUUACAGGAUUCACAGGUGGAGCUUUUUUCCUUCCAUGUGUUGCCACUGGAUCCCCUGAUGCUUAUAUACACUGGAUUCUCCCUGAUGGUAGCAUUGUAAACAAGUGGGUAAACAUUUCAAGGAUAUCCGUUGCUUCAAAUGGAACUCUGAUUAUUCGACACAGUCAGCUUUCAGACAGUGGAUACUAUAAGUGUAUAGCAGGAAACCAGCAUGGGAUGGAUACUUUGGCCACAAAUGUAAUAAUAUCAAGGGCACCAGGUUUACUCUCAUUACAGAAGUACUCAAGUAGCCCUCUACCUGCUGAGGGAGUUUCCACCAAAGUCCUUGUGACAAACAACAUGGAGUCAUCUGGGGAUAAAGAACCUGAAGAGUUUUUAGAGAAAGGGCUUCCCAGGAAAGUGGAUUUACCCAAUCAACGGCGGGUCCCGAGCAUGGGAAUAAGGGGAGGCCAUCCAUUCAGGAAUUCCUGGAGACGCCCUGCUACUCCAAGGAGGAGGGUUGGAACCCCAGUAGUGGAUAGGGUUAACACUGUAGAGUCAAGAAGAAAAAUUAACAUGUCAAACAACCAAAUAGACCCAAAGCACUGGGCUAGCAUUUUGUCAAAAGUUCGUAGUGGUGGAACAAGUUUAAAAGCAACUACUCCAAAGUUUGUUCAGACCAGUACAAACAAAAUACAGGAGUCAGAGGCUGCCUACACAAAGCAGUCAGAAAUUGCUAACAAGAUUGAAGGAUCGUCUGCAGAAGGUAUAACUAAAGAGGUAAGCAGGGCACCAGUAAAGGAUGUGUUGUACUCAGUCACAAUGUCACAGAUGCCCAUUGAGGCUACUGAAUACAACUUGGAUAUGAGCACUCAGAAUUCUGAAGACACAAGACAUGCUAAAUACCAGAUAGCCGCUCCUGAAACAGAUCCAAAUUUAGAUUUGUUUACAGUUACCACAUAUAUCACACAACCCACAGUUGGACCACAGAUGACCCAUUUUACUUUAGGAGAUUCAGAGGUUGAAGAAGGAGUUGCAGUGAGCAGUUUGUGGAGCACUGCAUCAUAUGGAACCCAUUUACAGGAAAACAAGAGUCACACAAUGGAUGGUGGCAUAAUAAUUGAAGCAAUUCCAAAGUCUGAUGGCAAAGAUGAGGAAGAACACAUGGUUUUACAAAACCCUGAGGAUGUGAGAGAAGUUUAUCAGGGAAGGAUGGAUCACAGCUUUGCAUUGACCACAGCAAAAACCUUCUCAGAACCAAAUACAGAAACUGCUGUGCACUCUUUUACUGAAUUUCUUACUACAAUUAAGGAAGGACUACAUACCCUCCAAAAGCACAUAACUCAGACAAAACAUAAUGUCUCAAAAAUUCCACUGCUUCUUACUGUGACAGCAACCACCAAACCCACUUCAGGACAAAAAACAACUUUAAUUAAUUCGCUUAAAGCCUCUUCCUCACAUGCUAGGAACUCAUCCAGUUUGAGGAAGAGGAAUGGUGGAAGACGAAGAAAGACUAAUCGAAUUAGAACCCAGACAAACAGUUCUAAAUCAUCAGUAUAUGUCACCAAUGUCACCCCACAGCCCACUUCAUCUUCAAUUGUGGAGGUUACAAAUGGGUUUUCAGUCACUAAGACAACUGCCUCCUCUCAAACUAAAAUAGAAACAUCUUCAUUGGCCAAAAGUGCAGGAGCCAAGAUGAAUACUGCUAGUCCAUUAACUGACAGACUACCACCAUCACUAGGCAAAAUGACUCAUGAAGGGAACACAGAUCUUUUAUUCAGUGGAAGGAAUAACAAAACCCAUAAAUACAAAUCUCAAGAAAAAGUAUCUAUGGCAAAGUAUAAACACUCGUUUGAUUUUAAGCCAGAUCAUGAACUUAAAAUAGUACCAGUGUCUCCAUCAACAAUUAGUACUUUUGGAAGAGAACAAGAAAAAUCAUCUAUACAGAAAGAAAAAAAAUCCACCUUCUCCCCCCAUAUUCCAAAUCCUCCUGAGAAGGCAGACAUUCAUGAGUGGUUUACAAGCAUGCAUGUCCCUGCAGCUAAAACAUUUAAAGAGACUCAACAGGAAAAAAUUACUAGAGACCCCAGCUUGAUCCCAACACCAGACAACUCUAAUGUAAAAUUAGAAGAACUUCCAGGUGCAAGUCCAGCUAAAACAAACAACCAUCAUAACCCAACAGAGACUGUAACCAUUCUGUCAUACAAAGAGCUUGAAGAGGAGUUUCCAGUGAGGCAAUUAUCUUCAUCUUCCCAAAACACCCAGAAUGAAAUCCUCAAAAAUGAUUUGGAAAUCCGAUAUGGUUCAACAACAGCAGCCACUACAGUUUUUGAGGGGGCACAACAAAGUUCACAGGUUCCAACAGGCAGCCCCAAAAGCUCUCCAGUAUUAGUGGUUUCAACAACAAAACCAAGCAGACUUUCAACUGGUAACAUUCACAAUAGAGAAGAUUCUUCUUUAUCCAUGAAACCUUUGGCUCCAUCAGAAAAUACUGAUGUGGCUCCAGUUACAAAAGAAAACAUUCUUGCAACAACAACAACAACAGCAGCUGUGAAAUCUCUUACAGUACAUACUCAUAUGUUUUAUCCAAAAACACCCACUUCUGCAAGUAUGCUAAGUGAACUAGACAAUGCAAAUCACAUUCCUGACAGUGACAAAUACAUUAGUAUAAUAGAACCUCCAAUCACACAAUUUCCUUAUCAGUUAGCUAGCAUUUCUGAGGAAACUCCACUUCACUCAACAGUAUCAUCACCCAAACGAAAACUUCCUGGUAGGCCAGGUGUUCAGGGUAGAGGGAGCUCUUUGGUACAUUAUGGCUCAUCAGGAGGACCUCAACAAAGACCAACAGCAGUGCCUGAGGAUAGAGGUAAACCUCGGAUCACCAGCACAGACAUUAGAUCAGUAACAGCACAUGCUGAGACUAAUGCCUAUUUGCCUUGUGUGGCUGCGGGGAAGCCCAGCCCCUUCCUUUCAUGGACUAAAGUAUCCACAGGUUCAAGUGUUACGCAGAACACCAGGGUUCAAAGAUUUGAAGUGUCCCCUAAUGGUACACUCAUAAUCCAUAAUGUGAUUCCUCUGGACCGGGGCCAGUACCUCUGCAGUGUCCAAAACCUGUAUGGAGAGGAUAAAAUUUUAGUUAAUUUAAUUGUUCUUGCUGAAAACCCCAGAGUGCUGCAACCUCGCUUCAGUGAACUCACAGCAUACCCUGGAGAAACUGUUCAAUUUGAGUGUCAGUCCCAAGGGCAUCCUCAGCCUCGGAUCACCUGGGUCCUUCCUGAUAGGGAAUUGGUACAUUCUAGUGGACCUACUCAUGGCAAUCCUGAGAACAAGGUCUCAAUCUUACCCAAUGGCACACUUCACAUGAAAUCGGUCAGUCACAUGGAUCAAGGAAUUUAUAAAUGCAUUGCUAGCAAUGCAGCUGGUGCUGAUACCAUAUCUCUUAGAUUGACUAUUGCGGCCUUGCCACCUAUCAUUCAGCAACCAAGAAAUGAGAAUGUCACUCUUCCAGAAGGAAGCACUGCAUACUUGAAUUGCACUGCCACGGGUGUCCCUCCCGGUGCCAUUGGCUGGAUUACCCCUGAUGGAAUGCAGCUCCGUCCCUCACAGUUUAUUAAUGGACGUAACUUGUUUGUAUUCCCUAAUGGGACCCUCUACGUUCGUAGUCUCUCUCCGACAGAUGCAGGGAGGUAUGAAUGCUCAGUAACCAAUGUGGUUGGCACUGCAUGGAGGGCCAUUAUUUUGACUGUAAGGAAGUCCGUAAUAUACUCAAGAGCCAAGAUUACAUUUUCUUCGCCUCAAAAAACAGAUGUGGUCUAUGGGAGCAGGUUGCACCUGGACUGUAUUGCGUCAGGGAAUCCAGAGCCCAGGAUCAUCUGGAGGACUCCAUCCAAAAAGCUUGUGGAUGCUCACUACAGUUAUGAUCAAAGGAUCGAAGUGUCUGCCAAUGGUACGCUAUCCAUCGUCUCUGUGACAGAGAAAGAUGAUGGUGAAUAUCUCUGUGUUGUCCGCAACAAAAUUGGGGAUGAUUUUGUGCCAUUUAAGGUCAGCGUCAUGGCAAAACCUGCUAAAAUUGAGCAGAAGACAGAGGCUAAUAGAAAGGUGGUGUAUGGAGGAAACUUAAAAGUUGACUGUAUGGCAUCUGGACUACCUGACCCUAAAAUCCAGUGGGCACUGCCUGAUGGCACCAUGAUCAACAGUGUCAUGAAGUCUGAACGUAAUGUUGGCAGUCGAAUUCGCAGGUAUGUUGUCUUUGACAAUGGAACCCUCUUCUUCAAUGAAGUAGGGAUGCAUGAAGAGGGUGACUAUACCUGUUAUGCUGAGAACCAAGUUGGAAAAGAUGAGAUGAAAGUGCAUGUAAAAGUAGUUGCAGAUGUUCCUGUGAUUGUGAAUAAAACAAAUAAUGUCAUCAGGGUCCUGUACGGAGAAUCUGUCUCUCUGCAAUGCAGUGCCAAGGGUGAGCCAAUACCUCUUAUAUUGUGGUUUUCACCCACUAAUGGAGCCAUAACUUCAGGUUCAGACAAGUAUUUUAUACAUGAUAAUGGGACUCUAGUAAUUCGGAAAGUUCAGCGAUUCGAUGGUGGGAACUAUAUAUGCCUUGCCAGGAACAGUGCAGGGCAGGAUCGCAAAGUGACCAGAAUAGAAAUCCUUGUCUCUCCACCUACGAUUAACGGCCUCAUAGGCACCACAAACUCAAUGAGGGUGUCUAGUGUGAGAGAUCAGCAGAAACUGAUCGACUGUGAAACUACCGGUACCCCUGUUCCACGUGUCACAUGGGUUCUUCCAGAAAAUAUUGUACUCCCUGCACCAUAUUAUGGCAGUCGAAUGACAGUACAUCGCAAUGGCACUUUGGAUAUCCGUUCGGUGAGAAUGACCGAUGCUGGCCAGUUAGCCUGCAUUGCUCGUAAUGAGGGGGGUGAAACAAAGCUUGUUGUCCAGCUGGAUGUAACCGAUAUUUUACAGAAGCCAAAACUCAAGAGUCCUAAAAUGGAGUCGCUCUUACUUACUGUAGGCAGGACCAUUAACCUUAACUGUUCAUUUGAGGGGUCACCUACCCCACAGCUGACUUGGAUCCUUCUAAAUGGCUCCCCUCUGCUGAGUGGUGCACAAUUCAAUAAAUUCCUCCACAAGUCAGAUGGGACUUUGGUCAUUAGUAACCCUGCUCUCUCGGAGGCAGGCACAUAUCGUUGUUUGGGACGCAAUGCUGCUGGAGUGGUUGAAAGAACUGUUACAUUAAUGCCAGGGCACAAGCCAGAGAUCAAUAACAGGUAUAGCUCACCUGUUAGUAUCAUGAAUGGGCAGAGUUUACAUCUGCACUGCUUGUCAAACGCUGACUCUGUCCACCUCGGCUGGACCCUGCCGAGCGGGAUGGUCUUAACCCGACCUCAAAGGGCUGGCCGUUAUGCUGUUCUUCCCAAUGGAACCCUCUCAAUCCAACAGGCCUCUUUCCAUGAUAGAGGCUUAUACACCUGCAGGGCCUCAAAUGAAUAUGGAAGCUCCUUGCUAACUGUCCCAGUCACCAUAAUUGCAUAUCCACCCCGCGUCACUAGCGGUCCAGCUCCUGCCACCUAUGCUAAAAGAGGAGUAGCAGUACAACUUAACUGUGUGGCCAUAGGGAUCCCCAAAGCAGAAGUUGCAUGGGAGACCCCAGACCGAACACAGCUUAUUGUCAACCCCCAACCACGGCUGAUUGGGAACAAGUACCUCCAUCCUCAAGGUUCCUUAAUCAUCCAGAAUCCUACAAUAAGAGAUGCUGGAUUAUACAGAUGCACAGCCAGAAAUGUGGUUGGGGUUGACUCAAAAAGUACAUACCUUUAUGUGUACUAAGAAAUACAGGACAACAACUAUUCAUAUGCCCAAGGAACUGUGACGUUGAGCUGGAACACAGCUUAAUAGCAAUAGCAUUUCUCAAUGUGAAAUAUAGAAAGGAAUCAGCCCAUUACAUUGUAUUUUAUUAAAGUUUGCAAGUGAAAGGUACUAUUCUUCAAAAUCUUGGUAUGCGAUUUGUGUAAUGUAACCAACCUACUGAUAUUACAAGGCACCUUUCUACUUUUUCU